UAAUACUCCAUCGCAAUCUUCUUUCCAUACCCAAUCCCACUACGAAAAUGCUCUUCAAACCCGUCGCCCUCGCCACCGCCCUGCUGGCCUUCACAGCGAUUGCCGCCCCGAACGAGAACAUCGACACGGAGAAGCGCGCCGACAUGGCGAAGAAGCCUCCCCGUCUCCAGUGCACCGGCGAAGGUACCAUCGUCAACGAGUGCCGCCAGUGGUGCGGUUGUAGCUCCACGGGUAUAUUUUGCACGGGCGGCGCGGCUACGGCUGCGAGAUGCACGGCCCACUGCCGUUGCGUGGCGGCUUUGGUGUAGUGGACGCUUAGGGGUGUGUGGUGAGAGGGGUUCCUAGCUUGGGGUGUUGUCUUUUUGCGGCUAGCU